UAUGACGGUAUAUAAAGGCCAGAGCCACGCGUCCUCCGCAUUGUGAGUCCGGCAGUGAUGGUGGUCGCAUCUUCUUGAUCAUAAUCACCAUUGGCUCCCUAAGGUUUAUUAUUCAAUAACCAAGACAGUCUACUAGCAGAGAUGAGGCUGCCGCUGGCGCUGUUUCCCUUGCUUCUCGGAGCUCUACCGACAUCCGAUGCAUAUCUCGGCAACAAACACUGCAUUUACAAUGGGCAAAGACUGUCUCACGGAACUGUAGUGCUUAACCUGGUCUCCAAGUGUAUGCAGAUAACGUGCCUCAACGGAUACCCGACGCCAGUAUUUUUCCAUGGAAAGGACGCAUUUGGCUGUUGUGAGUUCAGGAACACGAUUUACCCUCAAGGAGUGGUGUAUCUGGCUGGCUGCAUUAAGAUGACCUGCAGCGAAAGCAAAUGGAAACCUAGCGGAGAAGUGGAGAGUCAUUGUAAACAGUGUGAAGUAUUCAACGAUCCUCAUUUCUGGAGCUUUGACCGGCACAGGUUCGACUACCAUGGAGAAUGCACAUACGCCCUCACACAGGAGCAAUUCAGUCAGAGUCCCAGCUUUGGAGUUUUUGCAGAGUUCAAGAAAUGCUACAAAGUACCAUCUUGCGUGCACAAGACUAUCUUCAAGGACAAUCCCAAGCUGGUUAUCAAGAUCGGUGAAACAGGUCUCAACAAUCCCAACAUCUUUAACCUGCUUGUCAAUGGAGAGACGUUCACCAUCCCUGCUGAUAAUAACGCCCACAGACUGAAAGUGAAAAACUUAGAUCAUGACGUUCUCGUCUGGCGUCACGGCGCUUGCGUUAGGAUACUUGGUUCCAUGGGACUUGUGCUUCAGAAAUGCCAGAAUCGCAUUGAUGUCUGGGCUCAUAAGGUUCUGAAGGGAAAAAUUUAUGGACUGUGUGGAACUUUCGACGACAACAAGAACAACGACUUCACCAGCCGAAGUAAACAGCAAUUCCCACUCCAGUACCUAGCGCCAGCAAACUUCGCGGAAUCCUGGAAGACCCAGGGGGGCCAUUGUAACGCAGGAAAGAGGAAGAGGAGCAUCACGGAGGAAAGUGAAGAAGUUACCAACCAAUGCAAGAAAAAUCCUGCUGAAUGGAACCGUUUAGUGGCCAAAUGUAAUCAAGUUGUUGGUGGGACUGCAUCCCAGGGCCACAAGGCUAGUACAGAGCUGUCCACUUCUCUCAUCGACGCUUGUACCUUCGACCUGUGUAUGAUCAAGAGCGGAGCGGAUAACCCGGAGAAAGAGAUGAGCAAGUGGCUUGGGGCAGUGCAGGAAAUGACAGAGGAGCGGAUGGAAAUCGAAGACCUUGUUGAAGAAUGCAAUGCUGCUAAGGGCGAGUGUGACGACAGCAUGGAGACUCCAGUUCCACCCAGAUUUGAUCCUGAAGCGGAACCUGAGCCUACUACACCUGAGCCUACUACACCUGAGCCUCCGGUUGAGCCCGGACGAAAAGUGUGUAGCCCAUAUGGCUGUAUCUUUGACGUGCUCUUCGACCCGGAAAACUUCGCAAGAAAGAAGAAAUAGAUACAGAAGCCGGUAAUGGUAUGACUCACCUGUGUAGCGAUAUAUUAUUACAUUAUUCAUAUACUGUAAUAUCUACAUUUUUAUUUUUUUUAAUGAUAUUGUAUAUGUCGCAUAUUUGCAGGACUGCUUCUUGUUUGUUUGUUUUUUAUUUUGUGUCUUGAGACAGUAGGGGCAACAAUAACCAUAGAUAGGUAAAGUACAAAGCCUUUUGCCACUCAUUCAUAGUUAGCUGUGUUGAACUUGCUGUGGAAAAUCAGGUUGAUUUUUUGUUUUGGAUAAAAUUGAUCUCUUUUUGCAUAAUUUUUGGGUUGAUAGAAUGAAGGAAUGAUAAUACGGUUAUUCUUUUGUGAGAGGUUGCAUAUAUUCUGGACUGACUGGUGUCCUAUUGUACUUGUGUGGUGAGCAGGUAGGUGGGAGGGUGGAUGAGCAAGGAGAUGGGAGGGAGGAUGAACAGGUAGGUGGAAGGGUGGAAUGGUGGAAGUGUAGUUGAGUGGGUAGGUGGGAGGGUGGAUAGUUGAACGGGUGGAUGAGCAGGUAGGCAAAAGGGUAUCAGGUGAGCCCAGCGUCACUUGGCUCUUAUUCAACCAAGAGAAGGUACCGAGGGAGAGACCCACCGGUGGGUAAGAGGAAUACCGUACUAUAAUAAUAAAACAUGUCCAACUGUCACCGCUACACAGGUGGCCCCGGGCCAUGAGGCUGUACCAUGUCUUGCAGUGACUGCUCCCUCACCAGUUAUACCCUCAGUCAUAUAUUAUUCUUUCCAUUUGUUUUAGCUGGCUUUCUGACUUUGGAGAAAAAUAAACCAUGCUUUAUCUUUUAUUGUUGUGCUGAUGCAAUAGACUUCAAUUAAUAUAUAUAUAUAUAUAUAUAUAUAUAUAUAUAUAUAUAUAUAUAUAUAUAUAUAUAUAUAUAUAUAUAUAUAUAUAUAUAUAUAUAUGGUUCACAUGCAAUGUUAGAUCAGUCACUAUGAUUACACCUUCAUCUCUUACAACUAUGCUGUAUGAGAAUAAUUUACAGGUUGAGAAACAGACAUGGCCUUGCUCUCUGUGUACAGGAUGAUGUAACCCAGUGGUGUACAUACGUACUUUGGUGAGCCUCUGUUAUCUAUAUGUAUACUACAAGGUGAUGUAAACUAAUAUUGUGCACUCCUGUGCAUUUGUUCUGUGUUCGCAAUACUGUGAUCUGAUAAUGUACGCUGCUGUUCUUCUGUAAUCUGCUGUUUCUGAAUAAAUUAUCUGAAUUAAU